AUGGACUCUGUGAAUUAUACACAGAACCGGCCGCGUAAAAGGCGCCGCCGUACUAUGGCAUGUACACAAUGCCGAAGUCGCAAAUUGAAAUGCGAUCGUGAAUAUCCAUCCUGCAGUCGCUGCCUGAAGAGCAGAACACCCACCGAGUGUACUUAUGAAGAUGGGUUUUUAUGGCAGCAGCCCACCACGGUAGCGGUCAACAGAAAUGUAGCGGCAUUCGCCUCUUAUACUGCAAUGCCCCGUCAGAGUACCCCGGAUUCGGGCUUAGUAGUGCCGCCGACUCGGUCGGACGCUCUUGUUUCGACAAUGUCCGGCCCGGGCCCAGCUACAGAUGGGAAUUUUCACCGACAUAAAGAGCGGGGCUUUUUGGAAACGGUUCUUGGUGCUCCAAAGGCUGCUGUAAGCCAGGAGCCAUAUGUGAAUCCUAGCUUCUUUCAACGGAGAGAUCUACCAGAGCAAGGAACAUCCACACAGGUGGAGGAGAAGGAAUAUUAUCCGCUUUCUCCAUCACAGCAGCUGGAUAUCUCCCCCGAAUUAUUAUACGAGGCCUUUCCAGAUAUUCGACCAUUCGCAGAGGAAAUCAGGUUAUCUAAUCCAAUACUAUCGCGAGUUCGACCUGAAUUGGAGCGAGUCACUCAUGGCCUAUGGAGGCUUAAGUUAAGCGAGCCGUUCCCAGAUCCAACUGUAGCCUCACUGGUUGCUUUGUUUCCAUCCAGAGCAGUGGCGGACGAACUUAUCGGCUUAUAUUUGACCUACAUUGAGUCUACCAGCCGCAUCUUACAUGUACCAACGUUUCUUCAGGAAGUUGAGUUGUUCUGGUCCAACGUGAAUAACCCCUCUUUAAUCAAACCAUCCUUGAUUGUUCAGCUGUUGCUGGUAUUUUCAAUUGCAUGGAGUCUGAGCGAUAUCAGUAGCCUACAAGAAAAGAGCCCAGUGCUGCUCAAGUGCUAUACAGCGGUUGAGUGGGUAUUACACGCCGAAAAGUGGAUUAAAAAUACACAGGUCAAGCGAGCUGGUAUCGACAAUCUUCGGCUCAAUAUCUUACUGAUCAUAGCCCAAAAUAUUCAGGGUGCGAAACGCAGCCAGGCAUGGAUGGCUUCGGGCCAAUUGGUGAGAACGGCGAUGAUGGCAGGCUACCAUCGCGAUCCAGCCAAGUACGCCCACAUUUCUGUGUUCAACAAGGAGAUGCGACGGCGGAUUUGGAUGACCAUUGUGGAACUGGAUCUUCAGAUUGCCAUAGAUCGGGGCCUUCCUCCAUCAAUUCAAGUCUCAGAAUAUGACACCAUUCCGGCAUUAAAUAUCAACGACGACGAGCUUCAAGAAGAUUCUAUGGAAGCCCCAGAGAAUCGGCCCCGGGGCGACAUCACUGAUUGUUCAUUCUCGGCUACUCUUGCGCAAUCCCUCCCUCUUCGACUGAAAGUAUGUCAUCUGAUGCAUUCCCCUCGCAUCAGAUGUCGAUACGAGGAGAUUCAGAGCCUAAAUUGGGAAUUGAGCCGGCAUAUCGCGCAAAUUCCCACAUGGAAUACAACGGACGCCGACCUUGUGACCCAUCAAAAGGUGAUUUUACGAAAGGCGAUGAUCGAGACCAAGCUAGCACAAAGCUUGCUCUCUGUUCAUACACCAUUUGCGAUCGAAGCCGGACGUGAGGUGCUCUUUGCCCCGUCUGCGCGGUCCUGUUUAGACGCGGCUGUUAUGAUUCUAUCCACACAAAAGCGGAUGUACGAAACCUCACAAGCACUAUCCCUCUGUAUGGUUGGGGAAUGGACUCUGCACUCGUUCAUUUCUGUCUGCCAGGCCCUACACGCCUUCAGCACCCGUGCUGAUCUACAAAACUCCUUAUCUUCCACAUUCCUCUUACACACAUUGUCGGGUCUUCCAAACUCGCUGAUGUCACUCGUCGAAGUAGCCCUGCUCUCCCUCGAAGACCGAUUCCUGCUCGUGAUGAAAGGAGCCAAGGAUUAUUUCUUCUUAUCCACCAUCCAAGCCCUGGUCAAAGCCAAGCUCUGGCCAGACCAGGCAAAAAUGCAUAAGCUGCAGGUAGUCGAGCGAGUGUUGUCCUUUGCACAGACACUAUUCUCUCGGCAUGCUACCUGCGAGCACCUGGGCACUCUCGGCAUGGGCAGCUUCGCGAAUAACCAAGUUGCUGCUUUCUUGUCCACUUCCGAUUUGAACGUUAUAUCCACUGAAAUGGAUGGUCUUCCGUCCAGUCUUGGCUUCUCUCCUCCUGGAGAUAUUGAUCCUUUCUUGGGUGCAUUUAAUUGGGAAGAUUUGAUGGGGUUUGUAUUGAGUGAUUAA